AUGAGAGAAUACAAAACAUAAAAUUAAAAUAUAUUAGGUUUACUACUUCCAGAUUUUAUUUAAAAAGAAGUAAGUCAGUGUGAAGGUUAAUAUUUAAUAGAAAAAUCAGCAGAUAAUGUUUAUAUAUUAUUUUGUGAUAUCUGUUAAUUUGAUAGUAUUUUAUCAAAUUAAUAAGAGAAUAUAAUAAUUCUUUUAGAUGAUUUAUUCCGUUCUUUCGAUACUUUAUGUAAACAAUAUUCUAUUCAAAAGAUAGAAACAAUUGGUAAAACAUAUAUGGCUUGCGGUGGUUUAAAAAUAUAAGGAAACGAUUAAAACUUUAUGAAUGAAAAUCCAUAUUCGAUAUCUCGAAAAAUGAUUCUUUUAGCCUUUGACAUGCAUAUGAUUGCAAGUUAAAUUCAAUGGCAAAACGAUAAAGGAAGCGAUAAAGGGAUACAACUCAAAAUUGGAAUACAUGUUGGCCCAGUAAUUGCAGGGGUUAUUGGAAUGCAUAAACCCUAGUUUUCAUUAAUAGGGGAUACAGUAAAUACAGCUUCAAGGGUAUGUGCUAAUUGUUCUGAAGGUAAAACUAGUAUUUCUGAUUAAGUUUAUGAAAAUGUUAAUAGCAUUGCACUUCCUGAGUGGAUGUUUGAGCCUUUUUUUUUCGAAGCCAAAGGAAAAGGAUUACUUAAAUGUUUUUAUGUUAAUAUAAGGGAAGAGAAUCCUGUACUUUUACACAGUAAUUCUCAGCAAUAAUUUCAAAUGAAUGAUGUGAGUAUUAGUUAAAAUAAUAGAAGUAUUAAUUCUACACCUUAGAAAAAUAGUUAACAGCAAAUGAAUGUGAGCCUAAAUUUAAUAUAAAUGAAUUAAUUUUAGGUAUAAAAUAUAAAUGGCCAAUAAAAUUAGAAUAAUAAAUCAAAUAGCAGUAUUUAUUUAAGAUAAGGUUCUAUGAAUUUAAAUAAUUAGAAUUGUAGAAUUCCUUCAAAUAAUAAUAAUGAAGAAAAUUUUCCGAAAUUGGAAAAUUGGUAGCAAUAGAAAAGAAAUACGAAAACAUAUGACUUUUUCAAAAACAAUACUGAGGAUUUGAUUGAUUUAGAAAAAACAUAAUAAAGCCAUAAUUUUUUGAAUCUGGAUAAUUUAAAUUAAUAAAACAAUAUUAUUUAUACACUUAAUGAAGAAAAUGAAGAGUUUGAUAAUUUCUUUAUCCUAAAUAAGUACUUAUUUACUUUUAAAAAAGGAGAGAAAUAAAUGUAUUUGCAGUUUCAAUAGAAUUUACAUAAGAAGUAUGUCAUCAAGUAACUUUUAUUGACUAUAAUUAUUCAGUUCGUGAACUUUUUGAAUAUUUUUUAAUCUUUUAUUAAUAUUGAGGAAUUUAAAUUUAAUUUUUAGAUAAAAAUAGGGUAAAUUUUAGCAAGCUUUUUGAUAAUUUUUGGUUUUCGAAAUGAGUUCAUACUAAUUUUAGGAGUCAAUAUUAAUUUUUUUAUAUAAAUAAUGGAAGAAAAAACCCUUAGUUUGAAUACAAUUAUAUUUUCGAUUAAUUUAUAUUAUAUUGUAAUGAACUUUUAUUUGAAAUUCUAUUAAUAAUUAAUUGUAUCUUUUAUAUGGGUUUUAGUCUUUUGUUUUUAAAUUAAUUUUGAUUAUUCUAUUAUUUAUUUUGUUUUUAUUUCUUACUUUUUUUAAGUAUACUAGAGGUAUUAAAUAAUGUAAAAUGAAUAUAAAACUUAUGAAAUAGCAUUAAUAAGUUAAAAUUAAAAUAAAAAAAGCAUGAACUUAUUAGAUUAUUUGUUACCAAGCCAUAUACUAUAUAAAUUCUUUUUACCAAAUACUAAAAGAUGUGAUUUGACAAAUAGUUAUAAUAAAAUACCUAUUUUAGUUGCAGAUAUUGCAGGCUUUACUGAUUAUUCUAACAAAGUUUCGCCUAGUUAAGUUGUAAAAAUGCUUUCGAAACUUUUCAUUAAUUUUGAUUAAGCUUGUAAAAAACAUAAAGUUUUUAAGUUAUAUACUAUUGGUGAUUGCUAUAUUGUAUUAGGGUUAGAUGAUAAGUCUAAUAAAAGAAAUGAAUCUGAAGAAGCUUAUAAUACAUUAGAAAUGGCUUUUGAUAUGUUUAAAAUAAUUUAAGAAGUUAAACAAGAAAUUGGUUUUGAUGGACUUAAUAUGAGAAUAGGAAUACAUAUUGGUGAUAUUAUUGGAGGAGUUAUUGGAACUGAUAUUGUAAGAUAUGAUAUAUAUGGAAAAGAUGUUGUAAUUGCAAAUAAAAUGGAAAGUAAUAGUGAACCAGGGAAAAUUAGAAUUAGUGAAAAAUUAAAAAAAGACACAGCAUGA